AAGAUUCUUCACCACAGAAGUGAUGUCUUAGAAACUGUAGUCCUAAUCAAUCCCUCAGAUGAAGCAGUUAGCACUGAGGUGCGCUUAAUGAUCACAGAUGCUGCAAGACACAAGCUCCUUGUACUAACUGGACAGUGCUUUGAAAACACAGGAGAACUCAUUCUUCAGUCAGGGACCUUCUCCUUCAAUAAUUUCAUUGAGAUUUUCACAGAUCAAGAGAUUGGUGAAUUAUUGAGCACCACACACCCUGCCAACAAAGCCAGCUUAACUCUUUUCUGCCCUGAGGAAGGAGAAUGGAAAAAUUCCAACCUUGACAGACACAACCUUCAAGACUUUAUUAACAUUAAGCUCAACUCAGCUUCCAUAUUGCCCAAAAUGGAAGGACUCUCUGAAUUCACUGAGUAUCUGUUAGAAUCAGUAGAAGUGCCAUCACCCUUUGACAUUUUGGAACCUCCAACUUCAGGAGGCUUCUUGAAACUCUCCAAACCCUGCUGUUAUAUUUUCCCAGGUGGAAGAGGUGACUCUGCAUUGUUUGCAGUGAAUGGAUUCAACAUGCUUAUCAAUGGAGGAUCUGAAAGAAAAUCUUGUUUUUGGAAACUUAUCCGGCACUUGGACAGGGUAGAUUCCAUUCUACUCACUCACAUUGGAGAUGAUAACCUUCAAGUUGAGAGAUCCCUUAUGUCUUCACCAGAGGAUUUAACAAAGGAUUUUGAGGAAUUAAAAGCUGAAGAAGAUGAAACAAUAAAAGAAACAAAACUUCAAGUUGCACUCAUAGAGGAUAAUCUAAGACUCACUGGCAUAGAACAAAAAGAGACCUUUGAAGUACAAAAAGAAAAAUUAGAUCAUGAAGGACCUGCUGAGUCUUCUGAUGAAGGCAUAACUACCACAGAGGCAGAGGGUGAGUGUGAACAAAUACCUGAGGAACUGGAACCAGUGGAAAAGCACAGAGUUGAUGACCAUGCAAAGUUUGAAGAUGAGGGAACUGUCUUAGAAGAAUCAUAUGAAGGAGGAAAUUAUGAGGAAAAGGCAGAGACAGAGGAAGCUGAAGAGCGAGGUGAAGAUGAGGAGGUAAAGACACAACUGGUCACUACAAAACCAUAUAUGAAGAAAGCAAGAAAACUGCAAGAGAGUUCAGAAGAAAUAAUGGCUGAUAUUAAAGCCGAAAAAUAUAUUGAAAAGGCAGAUGAUGAGGCAUCAGAUGAACAGGCUGAGGAAGAUGUGGAAGAAGCAGUAGAAAAGGCAGAAACUGAAGACACUGAAGAAGACAAGGAAGACAAAGCAAAAGACUUUAAAGAUGAAGAGGACACUGGAAAAAUACAAGCUGAAGAAGACUGUGUGAUGGCUGUAGUAGACAAAGCUGCAGAAGCUGGUGAAGUUGAAGAUAAAUAUAGCCUACUUAUACUUACAUCAACAAAACACUCAGAGCCUCAGUCUCCAGAAGUUGAACUGGCUUCUUCUGUCCAUGAUGAAACAUUACCUGGUGGCUCAGAAAGUGAAGCCGCUGUUUCUGAUGAAGAAGAUAGAGAAAAUGCACCUGAGGAAUUCACAGCUACUUCAGGUUAUACACAGUCUACCAUCGAAAUAGCCAGUGAACCAACUCCAAUGGAUGAAAUGUCUACGCCCCGGGAUGUGAUGAGUGAUGAAACUAUCAGCGAGGAAAGUGAGUCACCUUCUCAAGAGCAUAUGUACAUUACCAAGUAUGAGACGUCAUUGUACUCUCAAGAAUUUGCUAGACCUAAACUUUCUCCACUUCCAGUUGCUUUUAAUGGAUUAUCAGAGGGAUCCAAAACAGAGGCCACAGAAGGUAAAGAUUAUAAUGCCUCAGCUUCUACCAUCUCACCACCUUCAUUAGAGGAAGACAAAUUCUGUAAAUCUGCAUUCCAAGAUGUAUAUUGUCAAAAAGAAAUUGAAAUACAAGGCACUGACAAAUUAAAAAUCAAAGAACCCUAUCCAGAAGAUGGUGGAAAACACAGUCCAGCCAAGAGCCCAGCUAAGAGUUUGUCCCCUCUAUCACCUGUUGCCAAAACACCACUGAGUGAAGGUAGUGUGAACUUUUCACUUACUCCCAAUGAGAUCAAAGUCUUGGCUGAGCCUGUCCCCAUUGCUACAUUGUCUGAUGUACAUCAAGAAGUUGCCAAAGAGCACUGUGCAAUCCCUGAAGAUAAAACAUUAGAAGUAGCAUCUCCCUCACAGUCUGCUCCUGGUAGUGCUGGCCACACGCCUUAUUAUCCAUCUGCCACUGAUGAAAAAUCCAGUCAGCUUCCCUCUGAAACCAGUGAAAAGUCAACAGAAGUUCCUGUUAUCUUUGAAGUCAGUGAAGACAAAGAUGAGUCUGCCAAACCCAGAAUUAGCCCUAUGGAUGAGCCUGUGCCAGAUUCAGAAUCUCCUAUUGAAAAGGUUCUCUCACCUCUACGGAGUCCACCACUGAUAGGUUCAGAGGCCACUUAUGAUACAUUUUUAAGUGCUUAUGUAAAGUCUCCCACCAAAGCUUAUGGAAAUCCUUCUGAGGGGAAACCUGAAAAAAAAAAAUCACCUGUUCAGAUGAACCCAGCUUCUGAAGACAACUCUGUGAGCCUUUUCCAAGAAAAACAAGGCGAAAAAAGUAUGGAGUGUAUGGUAAUUAAGGAAGGUUUCAGCCUAGAAAGGAAAAUGGAGGAUACAAUACCCAGCAGCUCUCAGUCUUCACUGGUCUUGAAUCAGCAGAAGUUAGCAGGUGAUCUCUCACCAACUCAAAUAGAUAUCGGUCAGUUUGGUUCCUUAAAGGAAGACACCAAAAUGUCAAUUUCAGAAGGCACUGUUUCUGACACAUCUGCAACUCCAGUUGAUGAAGUUGUAGCAGAAGAUACCUAUUCCCAUAUAGGAGGAAUAGCUUCUGUCUCUACAGCAUCUGUUGCUACUAGUUCAUUUCCAGAACCAACUACUGAUGAUGUAUCUCCUUCUUUGCAUGCCGAGGUUGGAUCCCCCCACUCUACUGAAGUUGAUGAUUCCCUUUCAGUGUCAGUUGUACAAACACCAACAAUGUUUCAGGAAACAGACAUGUCUCCAUCUAAAGAAGAAUGCCCAAGACCCAUGUCAAUUUCUCCACCAGAUUUCUCACCUAAAACUACAAAAUCAAGAACCCCAGUGCACAACCACAGAUCUCCUGAGCAGUCAACUAUGUCAGUAGAAUUUGGUCAUGAGUCCCCUGAGCAGUCUUUAACAAUGGACUUUAGUAGGCAAUCUCCAGACUAUCCUACUGUAGGCACUAGUAUAUACCAUAUAUCUGAAAAUGGACUGACAGAAGUAGAUUAUAGCCCUUCAGAUAUACAGGACCCUAUUUUUGCAUGGAAGACUUCCACUGUGGAACAGUCAUCUUACUCUCAGGAGAAGGAUAUUUCAGAAAUUAUUUCAGUUUCUCGAACUGAAGCUUCAUCCUCGACUUCAUCAGCUCAUACACAUUCCCAGUUAACUUCUCCACUGCCAGAAGAAACCUUUUCAGGUGCUGUUCCACCCAGACAUAUGUCACUACAUUCUUCUUUCACUUCAGAAAAGAUGCAGAGCCUAGGAGAAAAGCUUUCACCAAAGUCUGACCUGUCUCCAUUAACUCCAAGGGAAUCUUCUCUGUACUCUCCUAGUUUUCCAGAUUCACCUCCUGCAAUCACAGAAGCUGUGUCAGCUACUCACACAUCUUCAUUAUCUUUGCAAGUGUCCUCUGUCAAAGCAUUUAGUUACCAAGAACCCCUAACAAAACACAGUCCAGAACUUUUAAUCAGCCCAGAAAAAGAAGAUUUAGAGAAAAGCAGCAGGUCACCAGAACAACCUAGUUAUUCUUACAAGGUCUCAGAGAAAUCUGUUGGGUUACCAGAGGAUAUUAGCUACUCCUAUGAGGCAGUUUCAACAUCUAGAUCACCUCAGUUCACAGAUUAUUCCUAUGAGAUGACAGAGAAAACUAUGGGGUCACCAGGAGUCACAGAUUAUUCCUAUGAGAUAAUUGGGAAAGCUACCAGAUCACCUGAUGCUGUGGAUUAUUCCUAUGAGACAACAGGGAAAGCCACCAACUCACCUGAAGCCACAGAUUUCUCAUUUGAGACAACUGGGAAAACCACCAGGUCAUCCAAAGCUACUAACUAUUCCUAUGAAGCAAGUGCACAUUUUACUCCAGAAAAAUCUUUAGCAGAAUCCCAUCAAGAUGUUGACUUAUGUCUUGUGUCCUCCUGUGAAUAUAAACAUUCUAAAACUGAACUUUCACCGUCAUUUAUUAACCCAAAUCCCCUUGAGUGGUUUGCAAGUGAAGAACAGUCUCAAUAUCAAAAGAAACCGUUAACUCAAUCUAUGAGAGCUCAGCCACCUUCUGGGGGAAAGCAGCAAGGGUGGCAGUGUGAUGAAACCCCUCCCACAUCCAUGAGUGAGUCUGUCCCAUCUCAGACUGAUUCAGAUGUUCCCCCUGAGACUGAGGAAUGCCCUUCCAUCACUGCAGAUGCUAACAUUGAUUCUGAAGAUGAGUCAGAAACCAUUCCGACAGACAAGACAAUUACAUACAAACAAAUUGACCCACCACCUGCCCCAAUGCAGGAUCACGGUCCUUCCCCUAGGCACCCUGACGUCUCCAUGGUUGAUCCAGAGAUUUUGCCCACUGAUCAGAAUUUGGGUAAACCUUUGAAGAAGGACCUCAAAGAAAAGACAAAGACAAAAAAGCAGAGUACUAAGACCAAGUUGUCUUCUGCUUUUAAAAGAAGUGAUGGUAAAUCAAAACAAGUGGCUUCACCGAAACCAGCUGUAAAGGAAUCUUUGGACAAAAAUUCCAAAACAGUUUCUCAAAAAAAGGAGUCUGUGGAGAAAGCAACCAAAAAUAUCUCUAAUCCAGAAGUAAAGUCUCGAGUGGAAGAGAAAGAUAAGGACACCAAGAAUGCAGCAAAUACAACAACAUACAAGUCAGCAAAGACUGCAACCACAGGAGCUGGGAAUAGUAAGUCAUCAAAUUCUACAGCAGUGCCUCCAGGACCUCCAAUGUAUUUGGAUCUGGUGUACAUUCCCAACCACAGCAACAGCAAGAAUGUUGAUGUUGAGUUUUUCAAGAGGGUGCGGUCAUCCUACUAUGUGGUGAGCGGGAAUGAUUCUGCAGCUGAGGAGCCAAGCAGGGCUGUUCUGGACUCCCUGCUGGAGGGCAAGGCCCAGUGGGACAGUAAUAUGCAGGUGACCUUAAUCCCUACCCAUGACUCAGAAGUGAUGAGAGAAUGGUACCAAGACACCCAUGAGAAACAGCAGGACCUCAACAUUAUGGUUUUGGCAAGCAGUAGCACUGUUGUUAUGCAAGAUGAAUCUUUUCCCGCAUGCAAGAUUGAACUGUAA